AUGCCCUCCGCAAAAGGGCUUGUCCCGGAGCACCACCCGCACUUCAUCGGCACCUAUUGGGGCGCAGUGGGCACACCCUUUUGCGGCGAGAUUGUCGAGUCGGCUGAUGCUUAUAUCUUCGUGGGCCCGAUUUUCAAUGACUACAGCUCGGUGGGCUACUCGCUCUUGCUCAAACGGGAGAAGGCUAUUAUUGUCCAGCCCGAUCGGGUCGUGAUUGGAAACGGGCCCACGUUCGGGUGCGUGCUCAUGAAGGACUUCUUGCAUGAGCUCGAGAAGAGAGUCGAGAGGAACACGACGGCUUAUGAGAACUACAAGAGGAUCUAUGUUCCGGAAGGUUCGCCGGUGAAGAGCGAGCCCAACGAGCCGUUGAGGGUGAAUAUUCUGUUUCAGCAUAUUCAGAAGAUGCUUUCGGGUGAAACGGCAGUCAUUGCUGAGACGGGAGAUUCUUGGUUUAAUUGUCAGAAGCUUAAGCUUCCCGAAGGAUGCGGAUACGAGUUUCAAAUGCAGUACGGUUCGAUCGGGUGGUCGGUUGGUGCUACAUUGGGGUAUGCUCAGUCAGUGCCUAAGAAACGAGUCAUCGCUUGCAUUGGUGAUGGUAGCUUUCAGGUGACAAUGCAGGACGUGUCGACUAUGAUUCGAAACGGGCAAAAGAGCAUCAUUUUCUUGAUAAACAAUGGCGGGUACACGAUCGAGGUUGAAAUCCACGAUGGCCCGUAUAAUGUGAUUAAGAACUGGAACUACACUGGAGUAGUCGACGCCAUUUGUAAUGGCGAAGGCAAUUGUUGGACUAAAAAGGUUUAUUGUGAGGAGGAUCUUAUUGAGGCUAUAGAGACAGCAACAGGAGAUAAAAAGGAUUGCCUGUGUUUUAUUGAGGUGAUUGUUCACAAGGAUGAUACAAGCAAAGAGCUUCUUGAGUGGGGUUCAAGGGGCCAGUGUAUACACGGAUGGGCACCCGGAUGCUUAUCCGAAAAGUUCGAAGACUUUAAACUUCUCGAAGGCAAUGUGUACGAGAUCAAAAAUUUCGAACUUGUGGAGGACAAAAGUGCAUUCAAGAUAACUAAGUCGAGUCACAAGUUCAUUUUCUACAAAUCAACUAACAUGUGCGAGAUAGUUGAUGAUGAGUAUCCGAGAUUCGGCCCGCACCACUGCGUCACAUACGCCGUCAACGCCUUCUUCGGGCCGGACAUCGGCUCCUUCUCCGAGUGGCUGACCUCAACCCUGGGUUUGGGCCGGGCAUUCGGAUCCUCCGUCGAGACGUGGAUUCACGACCCGUUUUACUACGCUCUGAUUCUGGGCUUCCCUUUGGCACUACUCUACAGCUGGGUCUCACGAAUUAUGGUCCCAAAGGGCGUUCUUGAUUCGUUCUCUGGGGCACCACUGACUAAGAGGCAGUGCUUCUUGUUGAUCUUUGCAGGAUCUUUAUCACACUUUUUCUUAGAUCACUUGUUUGAGGAAAACGGACAUUCUUCAAUGUAUACAUGGAUAUUGAGCACCGGUUGGUGGAAAAAUCGUGCUCCAAUUGAUCCAGAUGCCAUUGUAGUUAUUGGCCUCUUGUGCGCUAGCUUGAUUGGAGGUUUUAUUUAUAUCUACAGGGUGAAGCACUUGAAAUCGGUUAAAAAACAAUAUAGCAAAUCAUGGAGACUGAUUUUGAUAGUCGCGAUCUUGUACUGCAUUUGGUGUGUGAGCCAGAUUUACUUAAUUACCCCUCGUCGGCCAGCGGUUGGUGAGGAAGCUGAUUUGGGAGUGCUCGUUUUCCUUGGGAUUUUCUUUUUCUUCCCUCACGGGCUGUGCAUUCUAUCCAUGAACUCGAAAGAUGUUAUCGACUCGGUCGAACAACUUCCUCUUUGA